UUGGUCACAUGAGCGCCUGUCGGUCUCUCCAGCCUCUCUAGUCUCUCUGCAGCCGGAUUCAGAUCCCUGAACAGCCGGAUUCAGGCCUAAUCUUCACCCAGGAAUACAGUCAUCCAGCCUGCACAUAUUCCUGUACAACAUGCCGUUUUCUGAGCUGUACUUUAACGUGGAUAAUGGCUAUUUGGAGGGGCUGGUUAGAGGCUUCAAGGCUGGGAUCCUCUCCCAGGGAGACUAUCUGAACCUGGUUCAGUGUGAAACCCUGGAAGAUUUGAAACUGCACCUGCAGAGCACAGACUAUGGAAGCUUUCUGGCGAAUGAAGCUUCUCCCCUCACUGUGUCGGUCAUAGAUGACAAGCUGAAGGAGAAGAUGGUGGUUGAGUUCCGCCACAUGAGGAACCAGUCAUAUGAACCUCUGGCCAGCUUCAUGGAUUUCAUCACAUACAGCUACAUGAUUGACAACGUCAUCCUCCUCAUCACGGGCACUCUGCACCAGCGGGCAAUCUCAGAGCUGGUGCCCAAAUGCCAUCCCCUGGGCAGCUUUGAGCAGAUGGAGGCUGUCAACAUUGCUCAGACACCUGCUGAGCUCUACAAUGCCAUCCUGGUUGAUACCCCAUUAGCUGCCUUUUUUCAGGAUUGUAUUUCCGAGCAGGAUCUGGAUGAGAUGAAUAUUGAGAUUAUCCGUAACACCCUGUACAAGGCUUAUCUAGAGGCCUUCUAUAAAUUCUGUACCAAUCUAGGAGGAACAACAGCUGAUACAAUGUGCCCCAUUUUGGAGUUUGAGGCAGACAGGAGGGCCUUCAUCAUCACCAUCAACUCGUUUGGGACAGAGCUGUCUAAAGAGGACAGGGCUAAACUCUUCCCUCACUGUGGAAAGCUCUAUCCAGAGGGUUUGGCCCAGCUGGCACGUGCUGAUGACUAUGAACAGGUCAAAGCUGUGGCUGAUUAUUACCCUGAAUACAAGCUCCUUUUUGAGGGCGCUGGCAGCAACCCAGGAGACAAAACACUGGAGGAUCGCUUCUUUGAGCAUGAGGUGAAGCUGAAUAAACUGGCUUUUCUGAACCAGUUCCACUUCAGUGUGUUCUAUGCCUACGUGAAGCUGAAGGAGCAGGAAUGCCGGAACAUCGUGUGGAUCGCAGAGUGUAUCGCCCAGAGGCACCGCGCAAAAAUCGACAACUAUAUCCCCAUUUUCUAAUGGCAGACUCUGCAAUCGUCUUUAAUUCCCUCCUUGUCUAAAACGGUCAUGCACCGCCUCUUAUUUAUAAGUACUGUACAUUUUGAUUAUUUUCUGUAAUGUGUAAUGAUGAUUUAUCUUGGUUUGUCCCUGAUCUGCGGCUGACGCUUACUGCGAUUGAGAUUUAGCCUGUUUAUGAUUAGAUUUUGAACCAAAUGUGGUUCUUAACCCUGGUCUUGGAGGAUUAUUCUGUCCUGCAUAUUAUAGUGGCUUCCUGCUCUAGGCAACACAUACAAACAAACACAGUACAGUUUUACUGCUGCUGUAGUCUUCCACACUGUGUGUUAUACAGCAGUACACACACUGACAUCUGUAUCUUGUUUUGUAGAAGUGGCAUAAAAUCAUUUUAAAAUUACUAUAAAAUUGUUUAUCGCAAUAAUUCCCAGGGCAAUAUAUUGUCCAUUUGGAAAUGCCACCUCUAAUUGUAGAUUUUAGAUUCUAAAGGGCACAGAAACAGAGGAUCAUCUUCUUGUAUUUACUUUCUUGCUCUGCCACAGAAGGUCUGACCAAUAAGCAGAGAGAAUGUUCUUACAUGGUUUGUUUCUUGUUGUUUUCCUUGUGUGAAAACAAACCAAACCAAACCAUACCAUUCUGAAAAUACUUCCAGUUUACAGACUUCUUAACUGAUACGGACCAAAGCGAUACAACUAUAGAUCUGCAAACUCUUUAAAAUGUGCAGAGUAGGUUCUUCUCCAGGACCAGGGUAGAGAACCAGCAAUCUAAGCCACUUUAGAUAAAUUAAGGGUUCUUCUGUUUGGUUCAUUAAUAACAUCUAACAAAGAGAAUACAUACAGUCCAGCUAAUGUGGUACUAAAAAAAAUCCAUAUGGUACUGAGUCAGAAUCACAAUGUACCACAAUCUCAAUAGUACCGCAUAAUACAGCCCACCACCUUCACCACCACCACCCUUAUUUAGUUGUCACUGCUGUGUCUAAUGAAAUUCAAGCCCUCACCUUUGUCCCACCUCAUAAGUUGUGAGUGUGGUGUACGUGCCUCUCAUUGUUGUCUGUUUAUGGUCGGUGAUAUGCCCAUAUUAGGGGACCUCAAGUGUGGGAAAUGUGCAUCGUGUUUUGGGAAAUCUCUGCUCACACAAAGUUCACACCCUUUGGUGCACAAACAUGUGCUUUGUCUUGUGUACCUGUGCACCUAUCCAGUGUUGGCUCACAUGUUUCCACUUUCAGAGUAUCCACUGACAUGUCGGAGGUAAAAUCUAUACAGGAUAAAGCGUAUCAGCUUUGGGACGUUGUUGUUUACCGCAGGGUGUGAUUAUAGCAGCGUUUCUUGAGAAUUCCACUCAUUUUUCUAUAGAAAAGCAUUGUUUGGGAUCAAAUUUCCUUAUUUGGGCAUAUCACUGAUUAUGUAUCACUGAUAAUACAUAACCUCACAGGUCUGUUAAGCAAUUUAUCAUUGGUUUUUAUGAGUAGUAGGGCCUGACUAGGGGUGGAACAUUACCACAUUUUCAUGUCUGAUACUUUAUAUUAUAUACUAUAUUUUUCCAUCUCUUUUAAACGAAGCUGUUCUAUAAUAAUACAUUGGUCUGAUUGCACUUUGCCAUCUAAAUAACAUCAUGCUCGACCUGUGAAACUAACAAACUUCUUUAUGAAGCCUAAAAUACUACAUAUGCAGCCCUGUUUUCCACAGUUUUACCACCUUAAACAUGUUGGUUUACAUUUAGGCUAAUGGAUCCUUAACUAAUUAGGGCUGCACAAUAUUGAGAAGAAUUGACAUUAUGAUAUUUUCUUUUGUAGUUCUGAGAUGACUUAUGAUUUCUUCAUCUAAAUAAUAAUACAACAUGUCAUGGUAUUAAUAAUGCAUUCUGAUUAUUGAAAAUUGGAGUAAAAUAAACAGUACUAGGCUUCUAAAAGAUACAUCACAGAAAAUGAGAGCAGUUUCAAAAAUGUUCCAAUUGCUUCAAGCGUGAUUAAUCGACCUAAUGCAAAAUUUCCCUUUAUUUGAUGUGACUAUAGAAUAUGUGCAUUUUGCAUUGACUGUGCUAAAACUGUGCCAGUAUCGGACGAUGGUAUCAGAUGGUCUCACCCCUAGUCCUGAGCUCAUGCGUGUCAGGCCAGAUUAAGAAGAACUUAAAAAUCAGGCCUUUCAAACACUGUUUUUUGAGCAAUGCCAUAAAAGACACACUUUUAGUUUUCUGAAGAUUAAUCUUUUUUUUAAAAGGCUUAAAGAGAGUAUCUUCAUUCAUUUUCUUCAAUUUUAUAUUUUGCCAUUUUUGCUCAUAUUUGCCAAUUUUAAAAGGUCAAUUAACUAAUCCCUGUUCAUAUGGACAUAUGGACUAUCACCACUAAUGUCCUAAACACUGGGAGGAAGAAGCAAAUGGAAGUUAGACUCCACCUCUUUUCAAACUGUUGCUGAUGCAGCAUCACUGGGUAGUCAGCACACUCAGAGAAAAGCGCAGCAACCCAGCUCUGAUACAUCACCUAAAAGAUGCCUGUGCUGACCAACGUCACACAAGCAGUGAUGGAGUGAGAUCAUGGCCAAUUGUGUUCUCUCUGACUCUGGCUGCUGAUGCCAUGCAACAUGACUCCGGGAUCAAACCAGCGAUCCUCAGAUCAUGAUGACAGUGUAUUAGUCUACUGUUACUUAAUUCUUCACAAAACCACAAGUACUUCUUGUAUGGUAUUGCUCGAAGAACCUUUUUUGGAUUAUAUGGAUGAGGUUUUUUUUUUUUUUCCUCCUGUAAAUUUAUAUACAGUAAAACAUAGCAGUGCCCAGAGUCCUGCAUGACCUACUGAUUCCAUUAGACAUUCCAUUAUUGUAACUUGUCUGUGUGUGACUAGCUAACCUUUAAAUCAAAGUUAAUGAUUUUUAAAUGAUUUCAGAACACUUUCCACUUCUAAACCUGUUAAAGAACAAAGCACCGCCCCUUUGUAAAGUCUAAUUAUCUCUCAUUUUCAACCCCUAUUCUGCUGUUGUGAGUAUUAAGAAACUAUUAAGAUUAUUAUGAGGGAGGGGGAGGAAAUAUUGGAUGUGAGUAAAUGAUAAACGGGUUUCUUUUAAAAAGUGUUGCUCUCUGUUGUGUAUGAAUGCCUGAUUCUGUGUAUUUGAAGCUGAAGUCUGUGUGAACUGUGCUCCUUUUGUUUUUGUAAAUUAGUGCUGAAAGUAACUUAUGGUGUAGAUCAGAUUUUAUGAAUUUACGAAUGAGAAAAGCCAGAUGCAAUAGGUCUGACCUUAUAUUAGAAUAUACCUAGAUCUAUAAAAUGACCUUGUGUUCAGGCUUCACACGCUGUGUAAAUUAUUGUACUGCUGUAACCAUCUUGCUUGUGCUUUGUGUUAUAAAUGCAAAAAUAUAUACAGUAUAUUAUAUGGAA